AUGGCUCAUUCUGAAAAUCACAGGUAUAUUGUGCAGGUGUAUGUGGGUGCGUUAUCUCCACAUUACGAGGCUUUGUCAGUGGAAGCCUCAAAGCAGACAAGUUCUGAAGAAAUAGUCUGUUGCAUUACUGACAAACUUGGCCUUACAAAUGGUUCCGGUGGCCCAUAUGAACUUGCUGAGGUGGUCGGAGAUAUGCUCAGCGGCGAGUGUAAGGAGCGUCGCCUCGGACCCAACGAGUCGCCUGUCGCAGUUAUGUUAUUAUGGCCCAAUAACACUGGUUCUGGACAAUAUAACAGAUUCUACCUCCGAGAGAAAAUCCCCGACGAGCCAUGGAUGGAAAACUUUUCCGUGGAUCCACAGUUGAUAAAGGAUUACUUCCAGCGGUUCCUUUAUCAGCCAAAAGAUCGAGAAUAUCCUGACUUGUGUCAGUUGCCCGAGCUCAAUGAACAGACAUUGUUAGAUAACUUGAGGGCGAGGUUCGCGGCCGGUUACAUAUACACGUAUGUCGGUUCGAUAUUGAUUGCGCUCAAUCCGUUUAAGUUCUACCCUAUUUACAAUCCGAAGUAUGUGAAAUUAUAUCAGAACAAACGGAUAGGUUCCAGUCUUCCACCUCAUAUUUUUGCUGUAGCCGACGCCGCGUAUCACUGUAUGCUCCGAGAGAGAACCAAUCAAUGUAUAGUGAUCAGUGGGGAGAGUGGAUCAGGAAAAACCGAAAGUACGAACUUUCUGUUGCAUCAUUUAACAGCUUUAAGCCAAAAGGGAUCUCAUGGAAGUGGCGUAGAACAAACUAUAUUAAGUGCAGGUCCAGUACUUGAAGCAUUUGGUAACGCGAAAACUGCACAUAAUAAUAAUUCGAGUAGAUUUGGCAAAUUUAUUCAAGUGAAUUACAAGGAAAAUGGCAUGGUGCAUGGAGCUGUUGUGCAAAAAUAUCUUCUGGAAAAGUCAAGGAUAUGCAGUCAGGGGCGUAACGAACGGAAUUAUCAUGUGUUUUAUUAUUUAUUGGCUGGUGCGUCGGAACAGGAGAAGGAACAAUUGCAUUUACUCAGUGUGGACAAAUAUAAUUAUUUAUCAAGGACUGGUUGUAGUGAGGUGCCCGGUAUUGACGAACAGUAUGAGUUCUCGCGGUUAAAACAAUCCAUGGAAAUGGUGGGUUUCACCAUGGAUAAACAAAGGCGUUUGUUUGCUGUGCUGUCGGCCGUCCUUCUUUUAGGUAAUGUCGAGUUUCAGCCGCAACGGAAAUCAUAUCACCAUGACGAAGCAGUUGGUGUAAGGAACCCUGAAGUAGUAUCAUUGAUAUCUUCACUCCUACGUGUUAAACAGGAGACAUUACUUGCCGCCCUCACGUCGAAACGCGCCAGAGCCUCGGGCGAAACACUCGUUAUCAAUUACAGGUUGCCUGAAGCGAUAGCGACUCGUGACGCUAUGGCCAAAUGCUUGUACGGUGCUCUAUUCGACUGGAUCGUAAUGCAAGUCAAUCACGCAUUGCUCUCUAAAAAAGAUACUCUGAGAGAACAUCAGGGACAUAGUAUAGGCGUUCUCGAUAUAUUCGGCUUCGAGGACUUCGGUCUGAGCAACAGCUUUGAACAGAUGUGCAUUAACUAUGCGAAUGAGCACCUACAGCAUUACUUCAACCAACAUGUGUUCAAAUAUGAGCAGGAGGAGUACAAAAGGGAAGGUAUUCCCUGGACUGACAUAGGCUUUUCGGACAAUACGGGCUGUUUGCAACUUAUUGAAGGAAAAGUCAAUGGAUUGCUCUGUUUACUUGAUGAUCAGUGCAAUUUCCCUUGGGCCACCAAUGAAACACUACUACAGAAAUUCAACUCAGUACAUGAAAACAAUCAGUUUUAUGAAAAGCCGCAAAGACGGGAGCCCGCAUUUGUAGUGCGACAUUAUGCUGGACGGGUCAAGUAUCAGGUAACAGCAAUGCGUGAAAAAAAUCUGGACUUAAUGCGACAAGAUAUAGUGAGCGUACUCAAAAACUCAUCUCUUGCCUUCGUGAGAGAGCUGGUUGGUGUUGAUCCUGUAGCCGUUUUUCGAUGGGCCAUAGUGCGGGCUUUCUUCAGGGGUUACUUUGCCUUUUUGGAGGCAGGCAGGCGCCAUCGCUCUCAGCGCGUGGACGGCGCGUCCCGAGUACCGCGAGCCUCCAUACACGCGCCCAAUGAUAGUCUUAUCAGAACGCCACACAGAGCUGCGACUAAGGUCCGCGAAUCGCCGGCGCGCACGAACAACGAUAGUAAACCGCGGGCCGAGGGGAGCGGCGCGCGGCUCGGUGGGAAAGGCACCAAACAUUACAGGCUCGCCGAGACGCGCACGCGCAGGCUCGAGCGCGAGCGCGACGAGCGCCCCUUCGACGACACCGACGUCAUGCAGCGCGCCAGCCAGAUCGUCAUGAAAAACAAGUCGUUUAGGCCUCGUGAGCGUGCGAAAAAGGGUCUAAAGAACCUUCAGAGCGUUAAAACAUUAGCAGGUCGAACGGCCGCGCCUGCCGGGAAACGGAAACAACCGCAGACUGUCGCGGCUCAGUUCCAGCACUCACUCUCUGCGCUCAUGGAUACAUUGAACCAAGCCAAUCCGUUCUUCAUUAGGUGUAUAAAAUCAAACGGUGAAAAAGUACCGCAUGUAUUUGACGAUGAAACCGUCCAGAGACAGUUGCGUUAUACUGGCAUGCUAGAAACGGUGCGCAUACGUCAGGCAGGCUAUAACGUGCGACUCACGUAUGAGGAGUUCAUACAGUUGUACAGGAUUCUUCUGCCUAAAGGAUUGCUUAGCUCGCAGGCCGACGUUCGGCACUUUCUUGCUACACUUAACUUGGAUAGAGAUAAUUAUCAACUUGGUGCUACGAAAAUAUUCAUGCGCGAAAGCGAGCAGACGAAACUUGAGUAUAGGCUACAUCAACAAAUAAUGGCGUCCAUCAUCACCAUCCAGCGGUGGUUCCGCGCUGUGUUGGAGCGGCGGCGUUUCCUAGCUCUGCGGAGGGCCUCUGUCGUAUUACAGUACUUCUGCAGACAAUGGCUGUCGGUGCGGCACGAGGCGGCAGUGCGCGUGCAGGCGUGGUACCGCGGCGCGCGCACGCGGCGCUGGUACGUGCGCCUGCGCCGCGCCGCCGUGCGCUUCCAGGCCGCCGCGCGCGGCCACCUGCUGCGCCGCCGCCUCACCGCGCGCCUGCGAGCGCCGCGCUGCGAGUUUAACAGUAUCCGAGUGAGAUUGUUGUCACUAAUAUGCGAUGUACAAAAGUGUUAUGAUGCACACUGGCAUACAUGUUGUGGUCUGUGUUGUGUUGACAGCAUGACGGCGGGCCGCCCGCCGAGAACGAUCUGUCGCAGUGGCUGCCCCCCGGGAAACCCACCGAACAAAAUAGCAAUUAUAUCAAUGAGGCCUCUAUGUAUUCUACGAUUGCACCAAGAAAACUCAAGACAACUAAGAGCGACCCAGUCAUUACCAAUACCAAGAGGAGGAAAGAAACGCGACAGCUUGAUCAUAGAUGCUUUAGAGAUAACAAAUGCUACGGUUAGUCAGAAAGUGAAGAAAAGGGUUUCAAAAACGGAGACGUCCGUAAAAAAAAUCGACAUUACCCACAAAGAAACAAACGAGUCUUCGCCGGAAGACAACUGGAAUGUAAAUACUAACAAAUAUCCACAAGCGGCGGUGACAUUACCUAAUAAAAUCACUCCCGAAGACCUCGCUAACGAAAUGCUAUGGCUCCGAUUAGACCAGAACUAUCUUAUGACUGAAAAAGAAGCUAUGAAUAAGAAACGAGAAAAAGAAUUAACCGAUUUGUUAGAGUCUAUAACGAGCUGUAGUGAAGAAUACCUGAGACAAUGGAGUUCUCCAGAAACCACUGAGAAUAACAAAACCAGUGCAAGGCGGUCGUCGGGCGCGAUGUACCAGCGCAGCGUGUCGAGCGCGACCCUGGAGUCCCGCGCGCUGCAGUCGCUGCCGCCCGUGCGGCGCGACCCGCGGGCCCCCGCGCCCCCCGCGCCGCCCGCCGCCCCGCAGCCCAGCGCCGCGCCCGCCGCACCCGACGCCGGUCGAGUCCCAGAGCCAGGCGUGGUAGUGGUAGCAGAGACGAGCGCACCAGCGCCACCUGUGCGGACGGCCCGCCGUUCCCCUCGACGCUCGUCUCGUGGCCCACCGCCCGAUAUUAUCGUCGACGCCUCGCUCUCACUGCACGACCAUGAUAUUAAGAGAGUGGGAGGGGAGCAGCUGAGCGCGUUGGCUCUGCGGCGCCGCAACUCGGACCCCGCGCCGGGCGACGUGCGCCCGCUCGACCCGCGCUCCACGGACUUCAUCGGACAGACUGGCAAUGGACUCUUUCGCAUCGCGGGACACAGGUUUCGUAAAGGCACCAGAUUCUCCAAGGGAGAUAAGUGCGUUUACUGCCAUCAGGCUAUCGACGCGUUCGUCACUCAGGGCCAACGGUGUAUAGACUGCAAACAGCUUUACCACACUAAAUGUAUACAAAACAAAGGUGUGAUCAAGAUGCCUUGUACGAGCCCGGUCACGGCCGCCACUAGAGGUCGUUAUAAAGCUACCAGGAAAAGAAAUAUUUCUAACUCCAAUAACAAUCUAUUAGAGAACGUCAAAUCCUCUGUCAGUUCGAACUUCAACUUAACAGGAACUUCGGAAUUUAUAGAUAGAACUGAUAAAAUAAUAUCCGAUGCUAAUGAGUUACAGGCGAUGCAAAACUUUAUCACUGAGAAGAUUUAUAAAAUGGAAUCUAAUGAAAAUAAAAAACAAUCCGAGGUUGACAGGGUAUUCAAACAUGCUCUAUUAGAAUUCAAAGACAAUUUAGUAGCGACGUACAGCAUCGUGGAGACAAGAGGGUCAGCAUUAAAGUACAAAGAUCUAAUAGGAAACUUUCUACACGUCAUGGAAACGGUGUGUGCGCGUGAAGGGUCCACCUUGUCUAUCACUAUGGGUGUGAACGCCUUUCGGGGGUUCAUGGAUGAGUUCAUGAGCCAACACGACACCGAUAAGGCGAGAACGAAAAGAAAAAAGGAUAAGAAACGAAAGGUUGACGAUCCUAUCCAGUACAAAGGCCACACGUUCAUUUUAUCAAUGAUCAACAUACCCACAGAGUGCGAGAUUUGCAAGACUUUCUUCAUGUGGCCAAUUGAACGAUCGCUUAUUUGUCAAAUCUGUAGGCUUGCCUCGCAUAAGAAGUGUUAUACCAAGGUAUCGACAAUAUGUCGUAAAGAGAAUGUGACUCCAUCAGCCGCUAUCGUCGGCGCCGUAGAUGCGGGCGGGCGAGAGCAAAUGGGUGUCGUCACGCGGGGCAAGGUAUUCGGAAUGCCACUGACUGAGCUACCCACUGGCGACAGCAAUAUACCUAUUGUAGUAGACAGACUCAUAACUACUAUAGAAAUGACAGGCCUGUAUACAGAAGGAUUGUACAGAAAAAGUGGUCUUAGUUCUAAGGUCCGCGAGCUGCGGCGCCUGCUGGACGAGUCGCCGGAGGAGGGCGUGGAGCGGCUGGACCUGUACGCCGUGCACGUGCGCGCCUCCGUGCUCAAGGGCUUCUUCCGCGACCUGCCCGAGCCUCUGCUCACCUUCGAUCUGUACGACGACUUCAUAAUGGCCGCGCAGAUCAGCGACCUGCAGGAGCGAGUGUCAACAAUAUUCACGAUACUAAGAAAAUUGCCUAAACCUAAUUUUGAUCUCGUCGAGAGGUUAAUAUUCCACUUGGCAAGGGUUGCACUAGGGGAAGCUCACAACAGGAUGGGCCCGAACGCGUUGGCGAUAGUGUUUGCGCCGUGCAUCCUGCGCACGCACAAGGUGCAGCCCGCGCAGGACUCGCUGCACGACAUCGCGCGCCAGACCGCCUGCCUCGAGGCCAUACUCGUCGACAAGAUGCGCACCGUGCGCGGCAUGCUGCAAGACAUCGCGACGCUGGACUCGGCGUGCCACACGGCCACGUCGCGCCUGUCCACGCUGCGCUCGCACAGCCAGGCGCCGCGCCCCGAGGAGCAGCUGCUGUCGCAGCACAUACACGAGAUACAGAAAGAGAAGGCCAUACUCACCAAUCAGCUGCCCACGCUAAUCAGAGCAACGUCGGACGACGACCUGCUGUCGACGACGGACCACGACGGCGAGCUGGGCAGCACGGACGACCUGAGCGCGGCCAGCUCUCUGCGCUCACAGCGCCUGCUGCACCGCCAGCUCUCCUCCGACGAUCCCAUCAUGGUCUAG